UCAGUUUACAGCACACACACAUCUUUUGCAGCUGCGCGGGCGCAUAACUCCGCAGUGAUUGUUGUGUCAAGUUCCACGGUGGUGUUGUAUCGUGUUUCACGUGUUAAAAUUCAAAUAAUAACAAUAUUUAGUGAAAUAUUAGUGCAUUAAAAGUGUCGAUGAUGAUACCGCACAAGGAAACAGUAUUUUGUGGGAUCAAACUCCGUUCAGUAUGUUUUGUCAUCGGAUAUUUAAAUUUGGUGGCGAGUGUUUUGGAUAUCGCCUUUCAUUUGUUGACGGUCGCGAUUGUCACUGACGGCUUCCAGUGCGACGUCAAUUAUGAAAGAUUCAACGCAAUACCAUGGUGGUUUAUGGAGCCUAUACUCCUGAUAUUGAACCUGGGAACGCACGGUUUCUACCCCUUCCCGGGCAUAUUCCGACGCCAGUACAACAUGUUCGUUGAAUAUAAGUCAGUGGCAGCUGAGCCUAAGUGCUACCCUGAGAUGUUGCACGUCUACCUUGUGGAUAUCCUCAUCUUCCUCAUCAAUCUCAUUUGGUUGAGGAUCGUUGUGUCGUACGUCGGCGCUUUGCAUAAGAAAAACCCAGACCCGAUGCGUAUGUUCUUCAGCUUGUCGAUAGUAAAGGUCGUGAUGCAGGUGAUGUACUUCGGAUACCAACCGCACAUCUUCGACAUGUUGAAGGCAGAGACUUAUUGGUUCCUGAAGAUCCUUGAUAUUUUCAUCGCAUUAGCAUGCCUGGUGAUGGUCCAUAAAUACACAAAAGCUUUGCGCCUCGAAAAAGCCGGAGUGUCAGUGGAAAAACCACCAUCGUACAUUGAAUGCUUGAUCUCUGCGAAUCUCCAAGGCGCGUCUCCAAGAUACGGCGUUGAUGUAGAAAAGAAAGAUGAAGUCACUACGAUUGACGAAAAGAGACCGAGUCAAGAACCUCUGAAAGUAAAUGAAGAAACUUCCGAAAAUACAAGUAAAUGAUUGUCUUUACAAGUAAAUGGGCGUAAGAAUUACAGUGUUAUAUUUAAAAAAUCUGGGAAUUUUGACGGUUUUUUAUAACGCUUUGAUUUACACGAUGUAUAACAAGCAGAGAAUUUUGAUAUUGUUUGUUUGGAGAAGGUUUUAGCUGUGAAUCGCGUUAUCCUUGUUAAAACUUCGUAAUCCUUUAUCGUAUUAUGUUAGUAUGUAGGUAGAGAGAAAAUGGCGCGUUUUUUGUGUCAAAUAUCUUAUGCUUAUCAUUCCAUAAAUCCUAAAUCCAAAAAUAAUUGUUUUGGAAAUCAUAUCGUAAUAUGUCCUAAUCAUGGCAUUAUUAAGAACGCGCAAACUUGAUUUGUUCUUUCGUAUGCAAAUUAUUUUUUAUGUACGUUUUCGUAUAUUUGGGCUUCUUUGAGAAAUGUUUAAUUUUUAUAUUUAUCGAUUUGAAUAUCGAAAUCAAUUUGUAUUAAAUAUUGCAUUAUAAAUGAAUUUAUAAAAUGUACUUAAUCUCAUAUCGAUAAUAUGAUGAAUGCGUAUGAAGUAUUUUAGUAAUAAUUUGGCUAUAGUAUAUGAAUAUGGCAGCGUAAUUAUGUGUGAUUUCGAUUAACACUUUCGUGCCAAUAUGAUUUAUUUUAACAAUACGGUUAAUUUAGCAAUAAUUCGGUAGAAACUCCUUGCGUCGAUGUCCUCAAUAUUAUGGGUCGUGACUCCUACACGGAUCACUUUAAUCCGGACUAUACUGUGCCAAUGACGCCGGUUCUCUGCAAGGUAGAUUGCUUCCUACAUCUUGCUGUCGAGAGCACUAGACAGAUCAUCGGUAGACACUAUGUUUAUUCAGGGAAGUCGAUGGGCGUGGGUUGCUUCCAAUAAUUCGAUUUGGAAAUCUUUAAAGGAGGCCCAUGUUCAGUAGUGGACAUCCUGCGGCUGAUGAUGAUUUUUAGGGAAGGAAAACAAAUUUUAAACAUACCUAACCACUUAACCAAAUCUAUUUUUUUCAAAGUAGGUAAUUAAUAUUCCUGAAAUCGGAAUAAGGUAUUGUUUUCACGAAGCGUAUUAUUUUUCUUAAGUUUUUUCCUUCCCUGUCGCCGCAUUUUGUGACUGCAUGUAUAUCUUAAAUUAUUUCCUAAAUAUAUUUCAAGUACUUGGAAAAUUAAUACGUACAGUCAGCCACAAAAGUAGCCGUACAAGUUUAAUAUUUCAAGUCAACUUUUAAAAUUAACUUUUUAACUAUUAUGCCCUCAUUGACAAUCGUUUAGAUCAAAUGAAAUUGAAUAAAGUCAAACAAAAUGAAAUUACUUCAUUUGCAAAUGUGAUAUAUUAAAGCACUUAAUUUUUUUUAUGUCCUCAUCGAAAAUCAAUUUUCUUCACUAAAAUGCACUUCAAACGGUUUUCUUUAUUUUAUUUUAUUUAAAAGUAGUAUAUCAUGACUGAAGUUAAUAAGUAAAAGUUUUAAGGUCAAAACCUUAUUCCUGAUUUACUUAGCAUCUUUUGUGGCUGUACUUUAUUAACUGUACUUUAUUUAAAUCAUUAUAUUCGUAUGACAGCGUCUUAUUGUCAUUUAACUAUCAGGUGGUUACGAAAGUGUUGAUUUUUUUUACGGCGCUGCACUUAGUUUGUUCCGCAAAAUAUAUACGCCUUUUUUUAUCUUUAUUUAAGGGGUUUGUACGACCAUGUUGUUCUUCAUGCUCGGUUUCAUAGGAGUUCACUGACUUUUCAAAUGUUAUUUAAUAAAACCUUUUUUUAAUAAAGCCCUUCGGGACGCUGGAACUGAUAAAAUAUAUUUAUAAUGCCCAUUGAAAUUCAAAGUAUGAGGAUUUGCGUCUUUUGGCCAAAUCAACAACGAUUUGAUGUACAUGUAAAAUUCAACAUUGGAUUGGCCGAUUAACGCAAAUAUUGGCUCAAAUGUGCUAAGUGUGGUGCCGGCUUUAAUCUAGCUAAAGUUGUGUAAACGAUUAUUCCUAUUGUAAUAUGCUAGAAAAAUGUACUCGAAUUAAAGAUAUACUUUUGUA